AUGGAAUCUGCGAACCGGCAGUUCCUUCAAGACCGCAUCAAUGAGAUCGAGGCUAUGCACCUCUCGACCGAGGAGGAAAAUUUGCAUGAAAUGCGUGACUACUGGCCUGAUUUGGGAGUUCAGAGAGACCUGGAUUCCAGGCAGGACGACGCUUCCAGGGAUUUGAUUCGGCGACUUUGCGAAACGGGAAAUGUCUCGCGACUAGAGGACGUGAAGAUCUUGUAUCAUGAGCACAUUGAUGGGAUCAUUCCACCGACGCUAGUGACAGACGAAUGGUGCCAAAUGUAUCUUGAACCCCUCCAAAGCGUGUGUAACGAGGCAGCCGAGCAGCAUGAGGACGAUGAUGAUGACGAGAACAUCCCUAUUCCGAGGUGUGAGGAGCUGGGCCACUUUAUCAAAUACGCCAAUGGUGUGGAAGAUCCAGAUUUCCGUCGGUCGGGCAUCCCUGCAUGGGAGCCGGUCCCCCAAAUCGGAAUCCGCGCCUUUGCAUUUCCUGAUCGCCUCACGAUCCAGCCACUACUUUCUCCUGCCCUCGCGGCAUCUCGAGAAAGACUGAAGGAAUACCUCCGAGCGGACCUGCUCGAUGAUCGCUUUAUCCGGGGCGUUGUGGACAGCGACUUGGAGGUGAAAGUCGGCUUUCAGAGAACACACUGA